AUGUCCUGGACUAGAGAAGAUGCAUUCCCUGAAAACACUUCUCUAAUUGACCGCUCUUCUCGCGUUGAUAAUGAUCCUUAUAAUGCGUAUUUGUCGCGACACUCUUCUAACCGUGGUGGUGUUAUUUUCAUGACUGUCCUGGCGUCUUGCUUUUCAGUAUAUUUCAUCUAUAGUUUUUUUAACCAGUUUUUUUGCGUUGGAGAUUCAUUUCCUGGCAAUGAAGAUAAUACUUGUGGCGAAGAUGUAGGGACUCUGCUGAUAUUUUUAGGAUUUACUUCCAUUAUGCUUUGGGUAGUAUCCAUAACUUCUUAUAAUCAAUACAGGAAUACCUCAGGCGCAAUAAAUUUCGAAGAAACAAGCACUGGCGCUGGGUUCGUCGCUUGGCAAGAGGAAAAUGAUCUUCCAGGGAAUUAUUCCAAUUGGGGUGAGCUUAUUUUUACAGGUAUUCUGACAAUUGUCGGGUUCAGUUUGGCUGUAAUGUUUGGGCUUCGCUGGGUGCACUUUGUACCUUCGCUUGAAGACCCAGAUGCAUCAACGCCCAUGUAUAUGGCAAUAUUUUUUAGUAUUGUCUUUCUUAUAUCUUUUCACGCAUUUAUUCGCGCUGUGCGCCGCCAUUUACUUUUCCGCCGAUAUUCAAAUGCUCCUCUUCUUUCUGGAGUUUUUUCUGAGGACCCAGAUAGAGUAGUUGCUCCAUAA